AUGGGACACUUUUCAGCUGCGGAUGAGAAUCUAGGAUUCCAGUCUAGACCUCCCAUACCAGGACUGAAUCCUCCAUCAAAUCAGUUAGGAAAUGCAUUUUCUGGAGCUGGGUCAGGACUCAUCCGAGAGGGAUUGGGUGCUUAUGGGAAGAGAAUUUGCGGAUCAAGUUCGCAGUAUGUGCAAAGCAAUAUAAUCAAGUGCUUCUCGGAUCCUCAAUACUACUUCCAAGUGAAUGCGCACUAUGUCAGGAACAAACUGAAGAUAAUUCUAUUUCCAUUUCUUCACCGGGGACACUGGACCAGAAUAACAGAGCCGAUUGGAGGCAGGCUUUCCUAUAAUCCUCCAAUUAAUGACAUAAAUGCUCCAGAUUUAUACAUUCCAUUCAUGACAUUUGCGACAUACUUGGUUCUUGCUGGCAUCUCACUCGGCCUUUCUGGGAAAUUUAGUCCAGAAGCCUUAAAUUGGCAGUUUGUGAAAGGAAUUUCAAGCUGGCUAUUCCAAGCAAUGUUGUUGAAGGCAUCAUUGACUUCGCUAGGGGGCGGAGAGGCACCAUUGUUGGACAUGAUAGCAUAUGCUGGGUACACAUUCACAGGGUUGUGUGUUGCUGUUGUAGGGAGAAUCACAUUGAGCUAUGCUUACUACUUGAUAGUCAUAUGGACAUCCAUGUGCUCAGGCAUCUUCUUGGCUAAAACGAUUAGGCUAACUUUGUAUGCCGAGGCAAGGAGUUACGAUGUCACCAUCCAUAACUAUCUCUUGCUUGGGAUUGCAUUUUCCCCAUUCCCAUUUAUCUUCUGCCUCAGCAACCCAACCGGGAAUUGGAUUUCCUGA